UGGCAACGGAUACAAAAUGAAAAAUACUGAAAGUGCCAUUAGCUUUUUUUUCACGCUGAAUGCUUCAAGUCUAAUUUUUUUAAAAAAAAUCUUUAUGGGCAAUAUGAAUAUGAAUGUGGGUCUGCUUCCCCUUUGAGAUUCUCGGUUUGGUUUCCUGACUUGAGCCGUCUGACAAGCGGCUGAGACUUUUAUGGGCUGCCACACAGACGUCAGGGACCGCUCUGGACCGUGAAGAUGGCGGAGGCUGCCGACACACCACAACACCGUUUUUACUGUCACUCCUGUAAACGUGCGACAGACCCCAAAUUCCCGGAUCUCAUCUGCCCCAGAUGUGAGUCUGACUUCAUAGAGGAGGUAACAGAAAACUCCAGCCUCCUCCAGGACCACUCGCCUUCAGUUUUCAGUGAAGAGACAAGCUCAUCACUCUCAGAAGUAUGGCAGCUGGUUUUCACGGAGCUCUCUGCCGCCCUGUCGCAUCCGCCUUCCUUUGAAUCAGACUCAGAGGACAACGAGCGGGUAUCUGAGAGCAACCACUCCUCAGACUCCCCGGCCCCUGAGUCCGAAGUAGAGGAGUCCCUCACCGACUCUGAACAAGAGAGGACACCCAGGCCGGAGCAAAGGACUGCAGCACAAGGGGUGGCGCAACAGUUCUUGGCUGACCUGUUUACGAAUAACGAAAACCCCGCUGCUGCACCAGCUGCACCAGCUGCACUCUCCAGCAUGCUGCAGUUGCACUCCAACCCAGGAGAUUACGCGUGGGGUCAGGGAGGUCUGGACACAGUUAUCACAGAGUUACUAGGCCAGCUGGAGGGCUCAGGUCCACCCCCUGCCCAAAAGGAGGUGAUUUCAUCCCUGCCAAAUGUUUCCAUCUCUCAAGAGCAGACAGACUGCAGACUAGAGUGUCCAAUUUGUAGGGAGGAGUUUUCAUUAGGGGAAUCUGUCAGAAAGCUUCCCUGUCUCCAUUACUACCACAGUGAAUGCAUAGUGCCGUGGCUGGAGCUGCAUGACACUUGCCCAGUCUGCCGCAAAAGUCUUAACGGUGUUGACAACAGCCUCUCGCCCACGUUGGAGAUCCCAGAAGUGCCAUCUGCCAGGCAAGAGAAACAGGAGGGGCAGGCAAUCUGAGAAACGAGCCGUCAACGACUACCUCCUACAAUACAGUCAAAAAGAGAUGCUUCUUCCGUCCGAUCAGAUGAUUUCAAAUUAAAAAAACACCUCAGGCUUCACAGUUCUAACUUGCAACCUCAGCCCCUCAGGUGAUUAUUGCAUCUCUGCUGAGGCCAUUCGUGUUUCUGCCAUCACAUGCACUGAAGGAUCCGGCAGUUUGCUGACAAGGUGACACAGUGAGGCGUCCUUCUCACCGCGCUGUCCUCUCAGGUGGUUUUCUGAAUGACUGACUUUGAUGUCGUGAGCUAAUCACCACUGACCUGCCAGUGGAGGUCAAAGUGAGUCAUGGAGAAACACUUUAAUUAUUGUCUUAGUAAGACAGUUUGGUCUUUUUAUGCAGCAUUUCAUUGACCAAUGUGAAGCUGCUAUUAAAGCUUGGUCCUGUGACUCUCAGACUUUAAAUUUGAAUUGACUUAAAAUACAACGGCAAAGUUAACUUCACUACCCCCCCACCCCACCCCAGAAUACUUUUUUCUUUGAUAUUCAUGCAGGUACUUUAUCAGAUAGAUCAGGGAUUUUUCAAAGUCUAAGACAAUAAACCUUCCCUCCGGCAAAGUUUGUAAAAAAAACAAUAGAAUUACAAAAAUGGCAGUCAUGUAAAAUUAAUGUAAAAAAUAUUGUUUCUGAGGUAAUCUGAGUUAUUCUUUUGAAUGAUUAACUAAUAACUAUUGUGAUAUUUUUUUAUCCCAUUCAUUGGGCUUCCCCAAAACUGUUUGGAGUCCUUCCUGUGUGAGACCACAUUUUCACAACCUGUGGAUUCAUUUAAUUUAUUAAAUGGAAACUUGGAAC